AUGGAUCCCCCCAGACGGAAGAGUGCCAUUGUUUUGCCGGACUCGGACAGCGACGAUGGUGAUGACUACUUCGACGCCGACACCGGGCUCUUCCUCGACUUUGACUUUAUGGUAGGUGGCUUGGAAUGAGCGGGGCGGUGGGUUAAGGGAUUAUACACUGUAUGCUCAACAUCUAUGGUAUAGUGCGGGCUUUGAAGCCGGCUUUUGAGGAAAGACUGGGUUUAUGUAGUCCAGAUUAGUAAAGGAAACUUGAGGGUCAUGUGCUGAGGUUCUGACGAACAUUGGCACAAAUUUAAAACUCAAUUUCCCAACGGUAAUUUUUGGUUGACAAUUCUUAAAUUACUUUUUCACACUUCCUCGAUGGCCAAAGGUCUUGUAAUAUAAAACAACGCGUAUAUAAGCAAUCUCUACGCCGUAAGAAUGGGUAAAACCAAGCGUAGCCGUCGCCAAAUAGCCAUUCUGCGCAACCAUCCCUAUCUCAGGCAUCCGUCGUAAUUUUUCUUCAAAAAAUUAGCCAGCAAACAUCAAUAUACCAUGAAAUCCCCUCGUCCCAAAGAGAAUCCCAUCUAUCCUCCCACACAACCGUCCCACAUAAAUUUUACUGUGCCUUCCCCCCUUUUUGGUGCCAUAAAUAACGUCCUUAUCGUUCAGGCCGUUCGAUUUUGUUUUCGGACGAAAUUAGUAUUAAAUGAAUUAAAGUGCAAAAUCUCCUGCUGCCACAGACGUUUUCUCAUCUCAGAAUAUUGGUUUAGAAAUUCAAAAUUCUCGAGGAAGCCCGCCGGCUUCCAGAUUUACGAUAUAUUUUCGUGUGGUGUCUGCCGGACUCAAGAUGCGGCGGAGAAGGAGUUCGAAUGUGAGUUUCGUAAUUUGCAGCUAGCUAGGACGUUUUGUGGAAAAUUUUGAGGUCAUCGAUAAUUUUGAAAAAUAGAACCUAAAAUUUUAGUUUUCUUACAACAUCUUUGGAUGUUUUUUUUUCCUGGCUAGCCCGGACGAAACCUUGCUCUCUGUUUAGAAAAUAACAUCUCAAUUUUUUCUUGAUUUUUUGAGGCAAAUUUCGUCAUCCAAAAAUUCAUCCGACGUUAAUUUUGACGCCUACAAUUCUUUGACCAAGUGCGUGGACAAACUGCCUAACAAUAAACGGGUUGGGAAAUGCUCUUGAUUGACGUGCAGGAUUCCACGUGCGACGCUUUGAUUUUUAUGAAACCUGGGACGAGUUCAGAUUAGACAUGGCUGGGGGGCCGGGCCGAAAAUCGCGGCCCGGCCCGGGGGCCGGAAGAGGUCGGCCCGGCCCCGGCCCCCUUCAAAUUUUCUCGGCCCGGCCCGGCCCGGCCCGGCCCCCGGGGGGCCGGACCGGGCCGGGGGCCUACCGGGGGCCGAACUGUAAAUAUAAAUACUGCAUUCAUUCCGAGAUGUAACACAUUUUUUGGGGCUUUGGUAGUUCAGCCCCUCACGAAAGGUAGUUCAAACUCCCACUGUUUUGUCCAUUUCACACCUCCAUAAUGAAAAAAUUCGAAUAAUACAAAAAAUGGAAAUUAGAGUAAAAUGACUCCCGGCGUUUUAGCUCAAACCCCCAGUUACAGUCCAAAUUCGUUCUUUUGGUUCAGGCUGAUCGUAGCCGAGAGAACCCAAUCCCAAGUAGGCGCUUCAGAUUGGACGAGGGGGUUUAUACUGGGUCAUGAGAGGCUGAACUGUACUGGGGGGUUGUACUACCUUAGCCGCCAAUUUUUUGUUAUAACAAUCGGCAAUAAAUUUUUGAAACAAAAAAUUACCAACCAUUGCCUAAAAUACUUCAAAAAACCCAAUCGGUUCUUAGCUCUGCGUUUUAUUUUUAUUGGCAACCCUAAUUUUCGCUUCGAGACUGAGAAUUUUAGUCAUUGGGGGCCGAUUGGGGGGCCUGGCGGGGGCCCCCGGUCGGCCCGGCCCGGGGGCCGGAAGAGUUCGGCCCGGCCCCGGGGCCUUUAAAACUCGUUCGGCCCGGCCCAUUAGCCAUGUCUAGUUCAGAUAUCUGUUUGUUAACGCGCACUAAUUCCUUGAGCAGGUUUCUGAUGAUUUUUGACCCAAAAAUAUAAUUUUGGGAGCUUUUGGGGUGGAAAUAAUUCUGCUCUGCUCUAAUUGUAAACCAGAUGUACAAUGCCCAUGAAAAAAACCCCGUUGAGAAAGUAAAAUAAGGCCAAAAAUUUUCAGUUGACAACCGUUUUAGUAGUAUUGAAAAUUUUGAGAAAACCAAUAAGCCAUAGUUUAGGUACUUCUCCAACAACCUCAGCUUAAAAGUAUCAAAAGACAGCAAAAUUGUUUUCGUCUCUUCCAAAAACAUUUUCCAUAGUUUACUUUGUAAACCUUGAUACCUCUGAACCUUGAACCUACCAUUUCGCGAUAAACCCAACUUUUCAAAGCCCUUCAAAAAUUCGAAACCAAUACUGUUCUCUUCCCGGAAAUACAUAUCCUAGAGAUGAACGUUUCGAAUACGCGGAAUCCCUUCAUAAACAAUAGGACUCCCAGUGAAGCGUAAAAUUUGAUUUAUUUAUGUGUUUUGCAAAUUCGGGAAUUUAUCAAGAGAGAUGCCGUUUCACACCCUAUUCAGACAAAGCAUCAAUAUGAAUUCGGUUUAUUCGAAACGUUGUUCAUGACAAUUUGUUUACGAAACUUUUGGCAAAACUUGGACUCUGCUUAGUUUGUGUGUGUUGUCGCUAUGAGGAGCUCUGAUGAUAUUUGGAAGAACGGCUGGGAGGCGGUAAGGCUUUUCUCGACUGCUUAGGUUGCCCGGUGUUACCGCUCUUGCAAAAACUUUUCAUUAUCUAGUAGGAGAAAGGCUCGAGGUGCGACGCUUAGAUUCCAAAGAUCCUUGGCAUAAAUUUAGAGUGUUUUUUUCUAAGGGCAUUUGCAACAGUCCUAGCUGGCGCUUUGCUCAAUUAAAAACAGAUCUUUUUAGUCCGUUAUGCAAUAUUCGGCGCUUGUUACAGGUUUAUCCAUGAAAAAUAUUGUACUUAUUUCUUGUGGCAUCAUUUUUACAAAGACGUUUUUCUUCCGCGCGAAAUUGGCCCAGAUACGGCGAAAAAAAGAAUUUGUCUAGAUACCCUCCGAUUUUUUGCCCACUUUCUCGUCGACAACGGUCGUUGAAAAUUUCGGUUGCCCCUGCAAAGCACGAGUUAAGAUACUCAUGGAUUUUAACUCAAUAUGACAUAAAAAAAAUACAAAUUUCUCGUCCCAAGUUUGACUCAAAAAUCUCGCUCGUUCUGCAAAGCAAAAACUAAAAAUCUCUCUGAAUUUUUUUAGAAAAAGUAAGCGCUAAGCAGACCCUGUAAUUUGAAACUUUUUUCUUUAAUAUUUUUCAAACGGCUCUUCAAUAGAAAUUAUUAACAAGACCCUAGGCAAUGCCACCAAGAAGUCGUUCGUCUUUUACAUCAAAACAUGUAAUUUUGGUAAUCAAAUAUAACAUGCAAAUUUAUUAUUUCCCCCAGACACUUCCAUUGUUUCAUAAAAUAUUAGGGAACAUCCUUCAAACCUCUUUUUUCAAGCCAAAGAAUGAGUUUCUACAAUAUUUUCCGUCAAAACAAGGUUUAAAGGUUGAACUUUUUGCGAAACCCGUCCUCAUUUCGCCCAUUUCCACUAAAACAAAGACACCGCUAAUUAUUAAGUGGCUUUUGCAUCUUUAAGACCUCUUCUAGAGGAGGUAGAAGCUCGGUUCGGAUAUUUGUAUUUUGCCAGUUUUCUAUAACUGUGGGAAAUUGCGAAGAUACGUGUGGCUGGUAAACGAGGAACUGACGGUUCCUUUGCUUAAUAGUCGUGGAUAUGGAGGUGUAUUUGCGAAGGAUUUUGAUGGAGAAAGAGGUAAAAUUCAGGGAUAAAUGUCAUGGAUUUAUGAGGGAGAUUUCUGGACUUGCAAAUCUAAGGUUUUUUCAAAAUUUGAUAGGUUUUGAGGAGUUUUUAAAGGUGACUGUUUGUUGUUUGCGCUCUAUAGACGUUCUGUAUUUACAAUCUGCAAAAUUUACAAUCGAGGGCAUGAAAAAUGAGGAGGUAUGGCCGCAGAAAAAGUAUUUUUUUUUUGUUGAAAAGUUUUGUUAUACACACAGUAAAAGACUUGUCAAAAAAAUGCGUCAGCGUGAAAUUUAAAGAGAAUUUUUAAAUUUACUACACCAAGUUCAUAGACCAAAGAAUCAUAUGCAAACCUCGGCCACAACGACGUGCAUUUUUGACAGAUUCCCAAAAAGUUUUUUGAAUUUCCCUUUUUCUAAAGACCUAUGAAUAAUAAAUAAUGAAAGCAGACACAGCGACCACUUUUAGACGAGGAGUUUUUUCAGUAAACUGAGACUGAGAAUGUAAUAGGAUUGUAUAUUCCCGUUAUUGAAGUUUUUUUUGAGAUGAUGUGGUGAGAAAGGUAGAAAAGAAACUUAUUCUAUUAGACGCUAUUUGUUAGGUUUGAGAGAUGUUGGAGGACGAGGAAAGUGUAAGUUUUUGGGAGAAACUUUUUCAAAAAUUGAAAUCUUGAAGGUGUGUUUUGAAAAAUUGUGAGAAGGACACUUGACCUGGUCAAGUCUUUUUUUUAUAAAAUCUGUGGAAAAUGAAAUUCAAAGAACUAUCUGUAAGAUGAAGUAAAAAUUCUGGAUAAAAUUUUUCGGUGUCCGCAAAAAUUACAAAAGUUCGAAAAAAGUUUGUGUCAUCAUGACGUCAUCUUUCCACAAAGAAAUCUUAAUUUUGGGUCAAGUUUCACUCUGUCCAAAAAGUCUUUCUAAAUUAAAAAAAAAUUAAAUUUCUCAAGCCCCACAAUGUCAUUUACGGAAAAAAUUAAAAAUUCCAAAAAUGAGUCAAGUCUUUCUCUCUGCAAAAAUUGCAUCCAAAAACAAAAAAAAAUUGAUUUUUGUCACAAAAUUUUUCGAUGACGCUAUACAAAUAUAAUUUAAAAAUUUUUCCUUUUGCGUCAAGUCGUUCCCCACGCAGAAACGAACGAAUUAGACAAAUUUCUUGGGCCCAAAAUAAUCUCGGCCGCGCAUCUCAACGAUUCUCCUUUUGUUUUUUCACCCCCAAAUUGGGCAUUCUAAUGACUCUUUCGCCUUCAAACGUUGAAAUUUCCUCUUUUCAGAACCGGAAGAUGUCUUGGGUGGAUAUGAUCGCGUCCUCAGCCACCAACAUCCGCAAAACUGAUCCUGGAAUGACGCGUAAGUUGAGAUUUUUUAACUUUUUAUUUUUUGUUUCCAAAAAAAAAUUUUUUAUUUUUCAAAGGGAUGAAAAAAAAUCUUUCCUUUAAUUAAAGUUCAGUCAUGGAUAAAAUAAAUUUUUUGGUCAAAAAGCCUUUGAGAUUUCACUGAGCUUGGCAAGGAUUUGAGAAUUUGUAGUUUUACGGUUAUUGCUUCUAAAAUAUUCAAAGUGUUUGCAAAAAAAUGAAAAAAAAAACAUUUUUUGUGUUUUUCUGAAGGGCAAGCUCAAUUGGAGCCUUUUGUUUUUGUACUAUUUAUGUAGCUUGUAUUCUCUGGAAACUUGUCAUUUUGUACCCUACGGGUCUCCAGUUCCCGUCAGGGCGUUCGGGGCAUAACUAUAUUUUUUCGGACGUCACCUGAAACUGGAUAAUUAAAGGUGCUUCAAGGCAGCCAAUUUUGGAGCACAGAGGGUGGCAGAUAAUUUUUCGGAGUUCCACAUAUAUUUUUUCCUAAACUAUAAGUAUUUUACUAAAAAACUUUUUGUGUGUUUAGGUGAUUAUAGCCUGUAUGUUUAGGCAAUUAUAGCCAAAAUGUUUCUUCGUAUUUCUUUCCCAAAUUUACUGCAAAAAUUAUAGUCCAUACCAAUUUAAGUUCGACGUAUUUUACAUAUUUUUUUAAUCGUAUUACCACACCAUAAUCUUUGCUGCCCUACCCGAAUUCGUCUGCGUAAAACAUUGUUUUAUUCAGUGAGAAUCUUUGCCCUUGUAAUCCGCUUCUCACCGCCGGGGUCUGGGCGCUAUUAAUUAUUCUAAUUUUUCGUGCAUCCCGAGGGAAUUAUCUUCAAGUUUGGGAAAGAUUAUUUUCCCUGAUGUUUUCCUCACUAAAACAUUGAGGCUUCGUGGGGAUGUGUGGGAAACUUACAGUAGAGAAAUGUAGUGCGUUGGAUCCCCAGACGUUCUGUUGAGUAAUCAAUGGGCACUUAAGAGGAUCUAUUUAAGAUUUGAGGGGAUCUUCGCUAGUGUUUUGGGGCUUUACUUGCAAUUUCGACAGCUUACCUUUGAAUGUCGCUGUUUUUCAAUUUUCGAUUCUUUUGAAAGCGCUAUUUUCAAAGAUCUUUUGUUUUUGUCAUCUUUGAAAUUGUCUGUUGUAACGCAAAGUGAAUGAUAAAUUUAGUCGACCAGUCUGGAUUUAGACAGAAUUGAAGGGAAUUGGUUAAAAGCCAACACCAUAUUUGACUGAUUUCCCUGAGCAUACCAAUGUAUCAAGUGGAUAUCGAGCUUUUGUCAAUGCACUUCACUUCUGGAGACGUUUUGAGACAUGCCAAAGGGCUCACUCAUAACGUUGCGCUCUCCUCCAACGACUAUUUGUUUUCGCAUUUUUCUCCGGCGGCAUUUCUUAUUGUUAAUGCAUUGUCUCUAACGACUGUUUAACAGGAACUCGCCGAAUGUUUGGAUUCGAAGGAAAUGGGAGCGGUUUUAGAAGUUAAGCGGGCAUCUGCGGCGUUAAUUUCGAUGAAUAAUCUCAUAUGACUUUUUUCGUGGACAGUGGAGGGAGUAAUUUCGGUUUAAUACUUGCAAAAAGGGUUUAGAACGAGUGUACUGUGUAGGGAUUUAAUUUUACUAACAGGGGAAGUACUCCAAGUGCGACGCUCAUUAUUUUGAUGAAACUUGGCACAAAUUUAAAAUUAUGUUUUCUGAGAUAUAUGCGAGAAUCCUAUCUCGCGCUUUGCAGAAACACAAGAGAUUUUUAGACCGAAAGUCGGCGAAAAUUUAGGACUUUUUGCCGAAGUUCGACACCAAAAGUUUCGUGCCUAUUUCAACCGUAAAGGAUAAUGUUUCUACAAAAAAUCAAUUUUUUUGUAGAACUGCCAAAGUUGUGGCCAAAAAGGUGUUUUCUCUCUGACCGCUCUCCACGUUUAGCGUGCUCUCUCGGCGGCAAAAAUCGUUCGAUAUCUCGGCGGCGCCGGCAAAGCGCGAGCUAAAACUUUCAGGAAUUGAUAUUUAGUCCCUACCCGACGUGUGUGCAAAAUUUAAAGAAGAUCUGAGCGUCGCACAUGGAGUACUUCCCCUGUUAGUAAAAAAUAUUUGUGGAACUCCGAAAAAUUAUUCAUAUUUUGUGGCUUUUUGUAAACAUACUAGGGUGGUCUUAUUAGACAUGUUUUAGCCGGUGUAAUCCUAAAAUUACUAUAUCAGUUGUCGUAAAAGUGCUUUUUGAUUUCAUAUACUGUUGUUUUUUGGAGAUUACUGGUGGCUAUGAUAUCAGGUAAAUGGAGUAGAGACUCACUUGCGUUUUUAGAAUUUUCGUGGCUAACAAUACGUGCAAUUUUUGAAUAUUAAAAAAUUGUUUAUUCUGACUGGACAUGCACGCCAGUAAUGCGCUAGAUGUCCUACAGACUGUAGAAGAAGCAGAUGCUAGUUCAUGUAAAAAACGGAUAGUCUUACCAAGUCCAAAACCCCCACUGGGUAAUUGAUGCACUUUUGGAGGGAGAGAAAAAGAGAAAUUGAAGCACAAAGGUGCAAGAAGUGUAGCAUAUGGAAGAGCUGGAGCAACAGUAGAUGAAGAAACUCUGAGGCUUCUCUGGAACUACAAGCAAGGAAUUUCCCGGGUUGAUUCUGCCAAUCUCCGGUUAGGUCUUCUAUAG